AUGGAAGAUCCAAGCAGUUUACCAUCGUUGUAUCCGGGACUCUUUGUUCUAUUUCUUCUUUACUUUGCAGGAGAUCUCAUCGCAACGAGGCGUGCCGCACAGAGACAAAAAGACCACCCUCUCGUGGGUAGCCCGUCGUGGUGGACGCCUCGCUUCGGUCUAAACCUUGUGUUCGCAGCUAGGGCGGUUGAGAUAUUACAGACAGGUUACCACAAGUUCAAAAACCGCACUUUCCAGCUCAUCAGAGGUGACGGUAGUGUGGUGAUUCUGCCGCUGCAUUUGAUCGAUGAGCUAUCCUCACUACCACAAUCAGUGGCUAGUAGCCAUGGAGCACUUGAACGAGACCUCCUAGGGCGCUACACCGGUCUCGAUAUUAUCCUCACUAGUCGUAUGCAUCACACCAUCGUCCAGCGAAAGCUCACACCCCGUCUUGCAGCGCUUACACCCUCCCUGCAAGACGAAGUGUCGUUAGCUGUGCAAGAAGGGUUUCCUCAUUCUACUGAAUGGACGAUUGUCAAACCUUAUCAAAUUCUAGCACAGGUUGCAGCGAAAAUAGCUGCGCGGGCAAUGGUGGGACCAUCAUUUUGUCGCGACCCUAGAUGGCUAGAUAUCUCAGUCAACUAUACUGAAAGCUUAUUCAGGACGAUCGUUAUCCUGCGACUGUUCCCUGGGUGGACACAUCCAGUAUUGAGCCGCUGUCUGCCUUCUUACUGGGCGGGCAAGCGAUAUCUCCAACGCGCAAAGGGUAUCCUUGGGCCGAAGAUCGACGAAUUGAUCCGUAGGAAUGAUACCGGAGAGUGGUCUCCCGAGCGGACUGAAAGCGACUUUAAUGUCCUUUGCUGGCUGGUUGAGGCAGCCAAGGGUCGAGAUAGAAACGCCGAAACACUCGCCCAUAUUGAGGUUCUCCUUGCCUUGGCUGCGGUUCAUACAAUCCUAUUACGGUUGGUCAAUGUGCUAUAUGAUCUUGUAGCGCACCCCGCGCUAUUCGAGGAGCUAAAGGAGGAGAUUCAAGAUAUCGGUUUUAAUGAAGACUGGAAUUUUGGCUCAUACAAUAAAUUGCGCAAGCUUGACAGUGUGCUGCGCGAGUCACAGCGCCUAUCUCCCCCCACAAUCUUGGGGCUGAAACGCCUCUUUCUCCAGCCCUAUAAGUUUACCUCGGGCAUUACUGUGCCGGCUGGAACGUAUGUUGCCCUCCCGGUGAUGGCAAUCGAAAACGACCCCUUGCACACGGACAACCCGGAGGAAUUCGACGGCCUACGCAGCUAUCGGCGCAUCGAACAGAAGACGGCAAGCAUGAGACCCAAUCCCAAAGAUGGCCCACAGUUCUCGACAAUUGAAAAGACAGUACUGGGAUUUGGCUACGGCAAGUCAGCAUGUCCAGGUCGCUACUUUGCAAGUCUCGUAUUGAAAAUGGUCUUUGUCAAACUGCUAACUGAAUAUGAUUUCCAAUUCUUACCGGGUAGAAGCCGACCGAAGAACUAUCUGGUGCAUGAAUUUCUUUUCCCAUGGCCAUGGGACAAGAUCCUGGUGAGAAGAAGAGAGAACGGGGUCUGUCCAUUCUGA